AAGUUCUAACUCUGUUAAACAGAGUAAAGGCAGGUGCUAUGACAUAUCAGCCAGUGGUUGUAAGUGAUGUUUGUUAUCCAAAACACUCUUCAGAGAAGAAAGUUACUCAUCAUAAAAGUGAGUGGGUAAUGAGGUUAAUAUGACAAACUUUCAAAUUUUUAUGUAAUCUUAAAGGAAAGGAAACGAACUGGGAUUCAGUUUUGAUGUAUUAGGUUUAUGUAGGCUAUAAAAUUAACAAUAAAAAGUUGGGGUUUUGUAAUUGAAGGGCACCACUAUCUCUGCUUAUUAACUAGAAUCUACUAUACUAACUGUACCAACCGUGAUUAAACACAAAGCUGUGUAUAACUAGUCCCCUUCAAACAAAUGCCUGCAGCAAAUCAAAGUCCUACUGCUAAGGACAACUGCAUAUUCACAAAGCCUGCAUUCAGCUUUAUGUAUAAUGCUGCAGAAGAUGCCAGCUGAAUUUAUGCCUGUAAUGAUGUGACUUGGGUGUAAUGCUUUUCUUUCCCUGGUCUGUUCUUGUUGACAUUCCAUAUACAAGACUCCAGGGAAUCAGAACGGGCAGAAUAGCUUCUUGACCUCUUUUGGUCUCGUUCUCUAAGAAAAUGAGGCUGAUCCUAUGCUCUGUUCUUUGUUAUUUUUCAGACCAUUAGCCAGUGUUGGGUACAUUUUGCCAGAGAUUUAGGUGUCUUUGAUAUGAUAGUUUCUGUAAAUUUCUUUAAGUAUGUACUGCUGGCUGAAGAGGGGGAAACCUACCCUGUGAUUCACAGUACUCCCUGUGAAGGAAAGGAAGUAAUCUAAACUGGGUUGUCUGUUGCCCUGUGUGGAUGGUACACAGCUACUCUGUUGGCCACUUUUUUGCUCCCUCUUACUGUAUGGACCUUGGGAUUAUUGCACUGGGGAGAGAUGUAGAGGACAAAUGGCAUGGAUAUGUAAGGAAGCAUGCAUGCUUUGAUUGUUUUGGAGCAAGUUACUCUGUAAGAAAAAGCCAACUGAAAAACAGGACAGCUUAAGAGGAGUCCUCUCAAUUUGAUCAGAUAGCAAGAUGAAUGAGGGGAUAAAACCCAUACAGUUUUUUUCACCCUUAAGCAUAUUUUUGUCUCAGUUUAUUGGACUGAAAUAGUAGAUGAGAGGACAAAAUAAAGACUAAUAAAGAAAGAUCAAGGAUUCCUGCUUUUUGUUUUCUUCUUCCCUAACAUGUAUUUGCAAAGAUACCUGCCCUGAAAAUAUUGUCAAUGACGAUGCAAAGCUUUUUUUGUGUUGGCACCUGAUUAUCUUACUCUUGUGAAUCUGGAUAAUCAAUCUGUGGUCCAAGAUGUGGAAGUUAACAUGGUGAAUAUGUGUCCAAGUCCUGUCACAGAACCAGUGUCCAGCUCACUCCUCUGGUGCGUGGAGCUGAAUGCUGGAUAUUGGGUUUAAAUCUCUGAAGGACUAGGGGUAACAUUGUGUUUUUUUGCACAGAGGAGCUUUGAUGUAAGGUAUAAAACUCAGGAGAACUUGAUACUAAUACAGGUAGAAGCCAGCAGCUUUCCAACUCCAGUUACAAAUUCCUAUAUUAUCUUAAUCAUGUAAAAAUAUCUUAAAAGUUAUUUAGUUACCUAAUCUUCUGUCCUUUGAUUAGAUUUUUAGACUGUUGGACAAGAUGCCAUUGCUGAUGCUAACAUGAAUUCCUACCUCUGCAAUUCUUAGUUAAUCUAAUUGCUCCCUAGCCUGGCUCUACAGAAAUGAUCCUAGCUCCAACUGGAAGCUUGCCAUUAAAUGGAGCACAGAAUCAUGGGGAUGGUUAUCUGCAAGCAGGCAGUAAAGCAGCUGUAGGAGCUUUGAGAAUUGCUUACUUCGGCAGAGCAGUCAGAUUCAUUUGUUUGUGUCCUUAUCUGCUCAAGUAUGUUGGAAAAGGGCAGUUUCCUAGGAGUUUAUCUGCAGUGGAGGUGAGGACUGAUCUGUAGCAUGGUGGUUAGACAGUGCUCUUGUCCUUCUCAGUGAAGGUGUUGCAGUACGUUGUUGAGCCAGUUAAGCUUUCGCUUCUCUUCCAACUUGUUGAACUACACAAAGAACUGUUUAAAAAAACCCUUUUAAUAUAUGUCAUCAACUGUAUUGCUGCUAUGAGAUUUACAGUGGGUGUGGUAAAAAGCUGGCUUGCAUAAAUGGAUGAUACAGCUAUUGACAACACCCUGCUUGACUCUGUGUGUCUCUCUGCUGUAGGGUGAUGUAGAAUUUGACUGCAGGAUAAUCCUAUGUUUAUCUUCUCACCCACAAAUAAUUUUGCAUUGUGAAGCUGCAAAUAAUAAUAAAAAAACCCACAGUACACAUACUAAGAAAGUAUGCUUUCUUGAGCUUCAUACAACAGAGUUCUUGUCACAGUCUCUGUCAGUUUUAUCAUAAUUAUAAAGUAGGCCAAUUCAGAAACUAGAUAUGACCCAAAUUAAUACUACUUAUGAAAAUAAGCCAGGCUACAUAAAUUAUGGGUGGAAGGACUUUGUAUGUGAAACUUCAUCUUAGGUGCUUUACUGUUAAAAUUGGAAUCUAGGUUCCUCUUUGCUUUUCAAAAGCACAUGAAACAGGUAUGUGGUAGUAGCUUAAAACUUAUCACUUUCAGGGUUCUCUCUGGCACAGUACUUGCUCUGAAGAAGUCUCUUUGGAUUAAGUGUUGUUUGCACAGUAUCGUAUUGCGUUGUACUUGCAUUGUUUGUAACUUAUUUCUCUCUUUCCACAUGUUCUACUGUCAGCAGGCCUGAGUUUUGCUAGCAUUGUAUCUGUACUGGAUUGUGAAGAACUUGGGAGCAAACUGGCCUCCGUGAGCUGCCUCCUACUACAACAUGGAGCAGAGUAUUUACGACAAGCUUGUCUUUAAGAUUUGAAGUCUGGUAGCGUGAAGUUUUACUAUCUUCAGUAUUUUAAUGGAAUGCUGUUAACUGACAGUUAUUGAUGACUUGGAAUAGUGCUUUGACUGGUUGGGUCAGGUUUUUAUAAUUCAAGUUUCUUUGACUUGAUCUCUUAUGCUUCUUUGAAAGGACUUUGUCAAGACUUCUGAAAAUGAUUGACUGCUAUAAAACCUUUCUGGUUAAAGAAUUUUCAGGGAAAAGGAACAUUGUCACUUACUUUAUUAUUUGUAAUAUCAAAUUGGAAGUGGAAAUGUGUUGGGUUCUUCAUGUGUCAACUGUUGUAGAGUACAAAAAGCAGUGACUUCUGUUUGUCACACUGGGACAUUACUUGUUGAAUUGCAGCUUAAAGUAGAAUAUCGGUUUUCACACUGCUCAAUCCACCUAAAGACUGUAGGUUAAUUUACAACAAAUAUUACAGUGAAACAUUGCUAUUGUAUAUUUGAAUUUUUUCAGAUUGUUUGCACAAACUCACCUGACAGAGGUCCUGCUGAAUUCAUUUAGACUUGUUCCAGUGUUGAAGUACUUACAGAAGAAUAGUUUGUUUUGUUGCUCAGAGUAGGCCAUAUCCAGGUUUUUUUCAUUUGAUACCUGUGAAUUUUCUGCAAUCCAAAGAUGGCAGCAAAUAAACCUAAAGGACAGAAUUCCUUGGCUUUACACAAAGUCAUCAUGGUGGGAAGUGGUGGUGUGGGAAAAUCUGCUUUAACACUACAAUUCAUGUAUGAUGAGUUUGUUGAAGACUAUGAGCCCACCAAAGCAGAUAGCUACAGGAAAAAAGUGGUUCUGGAUGGGGAAGAAGUCCAAAUUGAUAUAUUGGACACAGCAGGGCAGGAGGACUAUGCUGCAAUUAGAGACAACUACUUCCGAAGUGGAGAAGGCUUCCUUUGCGUCUUCUCUAUUACAGAGCUGGAAUCCUUUGCAGCAACUGCAGACUUCAGGGAACAAAUCUUAAGAGUAAAAGAAGAUGAGAAUGUUCCUUUUUUGCUAGUUGGUAAUAAAUCAGAUUUGGAAGAUAAAAGGCAAGUUUCUGUAGAGGAAGCAAAAAACAGAGCUGAUCAGUGGAAUGUUAAUUAUGUGGAAACAUCUGCAAAAACACGAGCUAAUGUUGACAAGGUGUUUUUUGAUUUAAUGAGAGAAAUUAGAGCCAGAAAAAUGGAAGACAGCAAAGAAAAGAAUGGGAAGAAGAAAAGAAAAAGCCUAGCUAAGAGGAUCAGAGAAAGAUGUUGCAUUUUAUAAUCAAAAGCCUGGAUUCCUUUCCUUCCCAGACCAUACUAAUAAAAACCAUAAUUUAUAAGCAUGCCAUUGAAGGCUGAAGUGACUGAAAUUACCCUAACAUGUUGGAAAAUGUAAUGUACCACUAAAAGCAUGAAUUGGAGCUGCACUGAAAGUCAAAUUCACUGAAAACAAAUUAUGUGGCUUCAAGAGAAGCAAAGUUCAGUCCAUUUCAUAAUUGCCUACCUUCUCACAUUUCUUCUGAAUGUAGUGUUUCAUAGGCAGUCUUUUCUUUAAUAGUGAAUAGAGGGGCGAAGUAUUACUUUGUGGGUUCUUAUAAAGCAUAAUUUUUUAUCACUAGUAAUUGUCAAUUCAUCUUGUCUUUUGUUGCCUUGAAAAUUACAAUUGUGAACAUGAUACCUAACAAAGCAGCAUGCAGCUGUUUUGCCAUGGAGUUAUGCAAAUUAGAAAAGAAUAAUGUAUAUGCGAACAGUUAUAUUGAGGAAAACUGCAUUACCUGAUUAAUUUAGAAGAGUGAUAUAAACUUUUACAUUGAAAUAUUUGAAUAUGCCUUAAUUUUAAAACCCAAACAUAGCAGGUUGCUUAAUCAAGGGUGUAUUUUCAACUUUGUUGCAUGGAGACUGUCCCUGCACAUCAGUGCGAGGCUGCCCUCUCUGAGGAGUGCAGUUACAUGAAUGAUUUUGCUAACUAGCUGUCUGCUAGCAGUGUCUGUUCUUUAAAUGUGUGCCAUACUCUGGUAUUGUGAAUAAUACAGAGCAUAUUCUGUCAUCCAUAAUUUGGUAACAGUAUGGUAUCUUAACGAAAAGGUCAGAAUAUAUAUAAGACUGAAGUCAUAAGCCUAUGGCACAUCUAAGCCUAGAAUGGUUGUUUAAAAUUUAAUGUACUGGUACCUUGAAACUUCCCUUUUGCGCAUAGAUUUUUGUCUAGGUGUUCCUUGGGUUUUAACUCCCUGGAAUUGGGUGGAGUGGGGCUAAUCUAGUAGCGCUACUGUGUUUUAAGAUGUUGUCUGGCAAAUUCUGGUUAAUUUCUUUUGUGUUCCUAAUACUCAGCUAUGGGAACAUGGUGUGUUAUGCUGAAGCUCUUUGCAGGUUUUGUACUGUUUAGUCUAUGUUGAUUUCAAAUGGGGAACAGUGUAGCUACUUUUUCUAGUUAACCUUGAUAUCAAACAAUCAAACAUGCUUUGCAAUACAGAAACAUUUAACAUGUACAUCCAAAAUCCCCAAACAAAACAUACUGCCUCAGUUGCUUCGGAACAGCGAGAAUACUAGCACACGGUUAGUAUGCUACAUCCUGACUAAAAUAUACCAGAAUGUUUGAGGGUUUUGGACUCCUCUGUGGUGAGAUGGGCUAGAUCAAUUCCACAAACUGUUACACUUUUUAUACAUGUGUAAGCCUAUAACUGACAGUUUAAAAUGUGCUCAAGCAAACUAGGUAACAAAUAUUUAACUUUCAUGCUAACAGACGUUUUAGGGACUCAAGUCUUAGAAGUUAUAUUUGUCAUGUUAAAUAUUUAUCAAUAGGAAUUUUGUAUGUGCAUUUAGUAGACUGCCAAGUGCAGAAUUGAAGUUACUCAUGUAACUGGCAAAUAAGCCAGUCUUCAUCUUACUGUGUACUCAUUUGGGUCUAUUUAGCCAGGGAGUCUAACCACUAACAUUGUGACUUUGCUUUGGAACCUGUAUACUGGGAACUGAGGUGUUAUGAAGCCACUGGACACAUGAAAAUUGUCUUGGCUGAUGCCUUAUCCUGUCCUUUUAUUUGCUAUUUGAGCCAUUGAAAGAUGAAUAAACUUCCAUUUUUCUAAAA